CAGUGAAACAAGUGCAUCAUUCGAUUUUUUUUUGUUUUAAAUCGAUUACGAAUCGAGUGAUCGUGUGCUGGUGCCUUAAUUAGAAGCUUUGGUGUUUAUAACAAAUAAUCGAAAAUGGCCUUUAAGUUGGUGCUCGUAGUCCUGACGGUUGUCGCUUGCGCACAGAGUCGCAUGUUCUACAAUCUGCGACCAGUUCGAGUGGUUCAUUCAGAUCUCCAGCCAGCCGCGUCCAUCGUGCAUGCUGAGCCAAAACACUUCGAGCACCAUAUCUCAGAAGAUGAACACGUUGAUUAUUAUGCGUAUCCGAAGUAUGUCUUCAAAUAUGGCGUGAAUGACUUCCACAGUGGUGACAUCAAGACCCACCAUGAAAGCCGGGAUGGUGAUGUUGUUAAAGGUCAAUACACGGUGGUUGAACCCGAUGGUUCCAUUCGCACAGUGGACUACACCGCUGACAAACACAACGGGUUCAAUGCCGUAGUACACAAGACUGCGCCCAUCUCACCCCAUGAAGCCGCCCAUCUUCACCAUUAAGUUAUAAGAGAUGUUAAACCAACUGGACUACCAAUUGAAACUUUCUGGAAUCCAAAAUGUUUGGACUAUGCUGAGCGAAAUUCAUCUAUUGGUCAACGAAAAUAAGGACGAGAUUUGAAAUUCCUAAAUGAGAUCAAUAACGAACAGUGUACGAGAGUUUAUAAGCUCUUACUUCUUUAAGAUCUUUAUUGACCUUGAGAGUAUGACGUCACAAAAUCUCUUUAAUUUUGGGCAUAGCGAAAGUGUUUCCUUUGUAAUCCACGUUGGUAUCAUCAAAAUUUUUGAUACAAAAUUGGGCGUGUUCAUCAGAGGCCAAUUUUCGAUGUUUUUCUUGCUAUAUUAGUUUAAGUUUUUAUUUAAUAAUGAAAUUGUUAUAUGAAAGGAUGAAGUCAAAAUGCUCGAUCUCUUUUUAAUUGAAUGCUGAACCUUUCAUUAAUUUAUUGUAAUCGUUAAAUGUUUCUAUGAAAAGUACCUGAAUUUGUCAUAGGUUAUUGUUGUAGUGUAUUCGUUAUGUAAUAUUAUGUUUAUAUGUGGUUAUUAUGUGGAGACAUUGUUCAAUAAAUCGACUUAUGUCUGA